AGAAGGGCUCGCCGGCACUGUCCUACCGCGCAGGCGCGAAGGGAAAGGCGUGUGUCUAGAGGCGACUGCUGGUAUCUGAGGGGUCUGGGUUCGGGUUCUGCUCGGAGCUUCCGGGUUUUUCUUUUCUGCCUCCCACCCCCCUCCCAAUCUUCUAACGGUCGCCCACGAUGCCGUUAGAGUUUGAAUUGUGCCCUGGGCGGCUGAUCGGCGGAGACCACCCUUGCUUUAUUAUCGCCGAGAUUGGGCAGAACCACCAGGGAGACCUCGAGAUCGCUAAACAGAUGAUUCGCGUGGCCAAGGAGUGUGGAGCAGACUGUGCCAAGUUCCAGAAAAGCGAACUGGAGCACAAGUUCAACAAGAGAGCCUUGGAAAGGCCCUACACGUCCAAACACUCGUGGGGGAAAACGUAUGGAGAGCACAAGCGCCAUCUGGAGUUCAGCCAUGACCAGUACAGGGAGCUGCAGCGCUAUGCCAAGGAGAUUGGCAUUUAUUUCACAGCCUCCGGCAUGGACGAGAUGGCUGUGGAAUUCCUGCACGAACUGGAUGUUCCAUUUUUUAAAGUAGGAUCAGGAGACACAAAUAAUUUCCCCUACUUGGAAAAGACAGCAAAAAAAGGUCGCCCAAUGGUGAUUUCCAGCGGGAUGCAAUCGAUGAGCACGAUGCAGCAAGUCUACCAGCUGGUGAGGCCCAUCAACCUGAACUUCUGUUUCCUCCAGUGCACUAGUGCAUACCCUCUUCAGCCCGAAGAUGUCAACCUUCGGAUCAUAGAGGCAUAUAGAUCUGCAUUCCCAGAUAUUCCUGUUGGCUAUUCUGGUCAUGAGACUGGGAUAGCCAUUUCUAUCGCAGCAGUUGCCAUGGGAGCCAAAGUACUGGAGCGCCACAUCACACUGGACAAGACCUGGAAAGGAAGUGAUCAUCAGGCAUCCCUGGAGCCUAACGAGUUGGCGGAACUGGUGAGAAGUAUCCGGAUGGUGGAGAAGGCCAUGGGGUCUCCUGUCAAACGUCUCUUGCCCUGUGAAGUGGCGUGUAAUGAAAAGCUAGGAAAAUCUGUUGUUGCCAAAGUGAGGAUCCCGGAGGGCACCACGCUGACUCUGGACAUGCUUACAGUCAAGGUGGGAGAACCCAAAGGAUAUCCCCCAGAAGACAUCUUUGACUUGGUGGGCAAGAAGGUCAAGAUCAACAUUGAUGAAGAUGAAACAGUCACUGAAGACGCAAUUGAAAAUCAUGUGAAAAAAGUGAAAUGUUAAAAUGCAAGAAUUUCCGUAUGAUUUGCCAUGGGAAUACGCUGAUAUCAGAAUUGUAUGUUAGAACUGAAUGAAAGGGUCUUUGUGGGUGUGAAUCUUCAAGGGUGUUUUUUUUCUUUUCUUUUCUAUGAACAAAAAUGCAAGCAGAGGCUCUAAGAGAAACUGAGCAGUCUAGUACAUGUGGAGUAUCGUCAGACUUCUUGCUGAAGAACCUAGUUAGAACAUUCCCAGAUUUUCCAAAUGGCAGUAUGGGACUUUGGAGAAGAUAUUUUAGUGGGGGCAGGAUGAGUAGCAACUGUGAGUGUUGACUGUAGUAGAGCUCUUUGUAUUUAUGCAGGCCAUUAUGUGGUUUGUUUUUCUGGUCUAGUACUGAGACUUCAGCACAAGAAUUUGAUGUGCCAACUGGAAUACUGAACAGCUGCACUGUUGCUGAAUAACCUCCUCUGCGCUCAAACUAUUAUUUCCAGUCCUCCUUCCUAUCAGAUGGGUAAGGGGAAAAAACAACAUGAUUUUAAAUUGCUAUUAUCAUGUUCCACAGUCCAUUGUGUUAUUUAAUGGGAAGCAUAUUGCUGCUUGAGAUAUGUAACUUAGUUUGUACUGCUGUUGGAUCUGUACUCUACCAUUCUGCUUAGCAAAGUUCAAAGCCUUUCUGAAGCCUAAGGAGCCACUCAGGGUGGAAGAAAGCUCAAUUUUUUUUGCUGAGGUGGGUGGGUGGAUCAAAGCUGGUAUCCGUGAGGCACAUGGAUUCAAUUAAUCACAAGGCUAUAUUGGCUACUUAACCAAUCAGGGAAGGGAUUUGGGGCCAGAGAAUAUACUGUGGCUGCCGUCUUGAGCAUAGCCCUUGAGAAACAGUGCCAGUGGGACACUAGAGAUGUGCACUUGGCCUAUCCUGAGCUGAAAAAAUAUUUUUUAAAAAUACUUUAUUUGUAUUUUCUGGAUAUUUUUUUCAGCCAGAUAUAGAGCACGGUACUUAUUUGGCUAUCCAAAGACCACUAGAUAGAUGAAGUAAACAGUUUUAAAAGGAUUGCAGUCCUUUUAAACAUCUGGCUGAACUCGCUGCUUUAGAGUUCACUCACAGAAGGCAUUUAAAGGGACCACAAUCUCUUUAAUGGUCUCCCUCCCUCCAUUGGAAAUAAUGGAGGAUGGGGGCAGCUCUUUUGUGCAGUUCAGUUUAAAUCAGGCUGCCAACAGAGCCUCAGCAAAGCUUGUGGAGAGAAUCCUCAGCGGGGGCUGGUUCCUCUUUGCAGCUUGGUUUAAACUGAGCUGCAAAGUGGAGCCAGCCCAGGAUCGGUUGUGUUGGCGCAGAGCUUUCAGUUCCCGCUGUCCCAGCUGAUUGGGUUAAUUGGACCUCAAAAACAUUGGGAAUCUUGAAUAUUUCCCAAAUCUGAAUACCAUACUGAUAUUUUAGGUUUUGGCACAACCCUCUGUGCCAUCACUGACAAGGAUAUGCUUGUGAGCAUCUACGCUAAGGCCUCUCCUUUGAAAAAAUCAGAUUCUACAAUUAAAACAAACUUGCAUUAAAAUAAUUAAAUUCCAAGCCUUCCUACUCCUGUACCAUUUUCCCCACUCUGAAAUGGCUUUGGGGAGCAGCUGGUUACCACUGUGGUGCAUACCUGCAGGUAUCAAUGUGAUAGUCGUGGGAGUCUGAGCAUCACGCGGAAGAUCAGCCUGCUUAUGAUUGAGAUGUGUGGUAUGGUUGGAACCAUCUGGAUUUCUAGUAACAGACCUCAACUUUCUAGUGGAUAUACUGCGGGGUGUGCUUCUUAAAGGCCUUGAUGACAAAGAUCAUGGGCUUACAUUGGAAAGAGAGGGCCUAUGAAGACUGACUUCAAUUGCUUUUAAACAGAGCCCGGUAGGUAAGAAAGGGGCAUUGGGCUCACAGUGGCAGGCCUGAGCCGCCAUCCCCCCGCCCCCCAAUAUCAUCACAAUUGCAUAAGCUCUUGGUGGGUAAACUGAUCCUUUCCCCCCUCCUUCCUCCAUAUUUUUGAUUGUAUGGCUGAUGAUUGGCUGUUAUGUAGUACUUCUGCCUUAAAAAUGACUGCAAAAUAAUGGCUGGUGGAUUUUUAAAAUUCAGUUUUCAAUUAAAGUUAUCAGACAUA